ACCUCUUCAAGUAUUGCUCUCGAGCUCCCAUCGAAUCUAACCAUGGCAGAUUGGUCGGUGCUUCCGAGAGACAUACUAAUACUAAUUGUUGGUCGUCUAGAGACAUCUUUCGAGAUUGUCCUCUUCCAAUCCGUCUGCAGCUCAUGGCGGUCUGCUGUUCCUUCCCCGCGUGAUUCCCGCUGCUUAGGCAUCAAAACUCAUAUCACCGUGUUUGUCCACCAUAGAUACAUAUACAGGGGAAAACCUCGGUUCAAUGGCGAUGAUAAGUGUUGCACACUAAAAAAAAUCCCAGUUUAUCUUGUGAGGUUCAACACUCCGUUUGGUGAUGAUUAUUUAUUGGCAGAGAUGCGUGAAAGAAGAAACUCUGGUAAACCAAUGUCGAUGUCGUCGCCAUUAAUUAGCAAGUCAUGGUGGUCUCACACCCAAAAGCACUAUAUAUUGUUGUUCAACUCUCUUACCACUCAAAUUGUCUCUUUGUCUCAUUACUACUACCAGCUAAACUUGGAGGAGCUGGUAUCGUUUUCAUUGCGUACUGGAGUUAAAUGGGAUAGUACUUCCAAAACAGUUGAAUAUCUUGAACUGAAUAAUGAAGAUUGCAGAGAUUUCAGAUUGCUGUGGUUACAUGGGCGCUGUGGUUACAUGGGCGCAUUCGGUGCAAAUCUUGAAUCGCUGCUAUCUUGUGGAGUUGUGACUUCGCCAAAUCCAGCAAACAGCAUCUAUGAUUUAUUUAGUGAUUCCAUCUGGCUUACUAAAGAAAAAGAUUAG